UUUUUUUUUUUUUUUUGGCUUCUUAGCGUUGUUUGAGUGAAAAUCUAGAGAAACUUCUAUAGUAGCGUUUCAGCUCGGCCAAUGUGUAAAGGUCUGUGACAUAAUAGUUUCAGUUAAAACUUUAAAGGUGCUCAUCGGAGUGGUGGAGUUGCUGUAGCAGAUGCUGCAAUGAAGAUCUAGCUUUGGGAGAAGUUGGUUGGUGGGUUUAGUGAUUUUGAGUACUUGUGGGAUUUUGCAUGGAAACGAGAGAAGGAUUAACUUCAGGGGUUACAGUGAUAGGAGCUGAAGCUCCAUCAACUUAUCAUGUGGCCCCAAGGACAGAAAAUCCUAGCCAGAUUGCUGGGUCACCAGCAGUGGCGAUAUCACCAGUUGGUAUUGGAUUAACUGGAACAACAGAAAAGAAGAAGAGAGGUAGGCCUAGGAAAUAUGGACCGGAUGGGACAGUAGCUAGGGCAUUGUCACCGAUGCCAAUUUCUUCUUCAGCUCCACCUGGUGGAGACUUCUCUGCUUCUAAGCCGAGUAAAGCUUGGCCAGGUAGUUUUGAGAAAAAGAAGUACAAGAAAAUGGGAAUGGAGAAUUCAGGUGAUUGGUCUUCUAGUUCAAUUGGUACAAAUUUUACUCCACAUGUCAUCACUGUCAAUCCUGGAGAGGAUGUUACUAUGAAGGUUAUAUCAUUUUCACAACAAGGGCCUCGAGCUAUCUGCAUUCUAUCUGCUAAUGGGGUAAUUUCAAAUGUUACACUUCGCCAACCUGAUUCUUCUGGAGGUACUUUGACCUAUGAGGGCCGGUUUGAAAUACUCUCUUUGUCUGGAUCAUUCAUGCCUACUGAGAGUCAGGGGACAAGGAGCAGGUCAGGUGGGAUGAGUGUUUCUUUAGCAAGCCCUGAUGGUCGUGUUGUAGGGGGAGGUGUCGCCGGACUUCUAGUAGCUGCUAGUCCUGUGCAGGUUGUGGUAGGUAGUUUCCUACCUGGUGGCAGCCAGCAAGACCAGAAACCAAAGAAGAUAAAAAUGGAUUCAGUACAAACUACCAUUACACCGGCCUCAACCAUAGCCGUUCCAGUUCCUGUGCCUGCCUCUAAUUCAGAAAGAGAGGAUGGUAUGGGUGGACAUGGACAGCAAAAUUCCUCGACUUUCCGAAGAGAAAACUGGACUUCCAUGCAACCCAUGCAAGAUGUUAGAAAAUCAGGAACUGACAUCAACAUUUCAUUGCCAGAAGGUUAACAUCAUCCUUGAAUGCCUCGAUCGGCUGAGUAUGAUUCUCAAGGUCUCUAACUGACAAAAUUGAUUGAUCCUGAUCUGAUAUUCGACGCAGAGUUUAUGUGGCUCCUCUUAUCAAAUUAAAAAUUAUAUGUAAGAUUAAUGAAUCAGAUUGCUUUAGCAUAAAUUGAGUAGGUAUUAGACAGGACAUACUGUUUUUUGCUGGACAGAAUAUAUCUGAUUAUUACGCUAAUUAAAGUAGGGUUUUCUUUAGUUUGUCAUGUGUUGAAUAUUAAUUUGGAUGUGAACAAUGCAAUGCUGGUUUGCCUGCAUUUGUUUCUCAA